AUGAUUCCGACGAUGGCUAUUAUCGACCAAGUUUCGAAACCUUCAGAGCAGAUCCCAACAAAGUCAUAAUGCCUAAGACUAACAACACUCAAACUCUAUAGUUAUCUAUGCCAGCAGAGUGUAAUUUAGAAUAUGUCUUUUUCUCCUAUUCCUGCUCAGCAAUAAUAAAUUGGCUCAAAUAUGAGUGGCUAAAAGUUAAUUAAACUCAUUCGCAAGAAAAGCAAGCAAAGUAAAAAUUCCUCUGGUGUAAACAAAGACGCCAGAAAUAAAAGUGAUAUCGAUUUGCAAUCUCAUGCCUCUCCAAUCUUUAACAAUGGAUCAGAGGAUGAUUUCAUAAGUAUUAAAAAUUAAUUAAAUCAUAAUCAAAAUGCUAAUAACUCUAACAUAAAUUAACAGCAUUUGAGAACUUCGAAUAAUUAAAUUGAUCAGACUUCACAGAGAGUCAAAUAAAUAGUUGAAUUCAAGCAAGCAAAUCUGCAUCAACCCAAUAAUAUAUCAAUUCAUUCUAAAAUAAUCUAGAAUAUCACCCAAAAUACUAAUAGUAACUUAGUAUCGAAUUAAUCAAGUACACGUUAGAAUGUUUCUCAUAUCCCAGAAUACAAGCAAAACAUACUUAAUAUUAUAAAGAAAAAUGAGAACGGAGAAAGCAUCUCUAAAAAGCUUGUGAACUAGAAUAAUGGUAUCAAUACAGCUAAUUCUAUGAUCAGAAGGCAAGGAGAUAACUAGGUAAUUGUCUAAGCCAAUAAAAAAUUGGCAUUGCCAAGUUCAACCAUGACUAACUGGAGUAAUAAACAUUUAAUCAUGGAAAGUAGCCUAGGAUAGCAGUAACAGCAAUUUCAACACCAACAGAUAAAAGUACAGUAAUAACUAGAAGAAUCAAAAGGACAAAAAAAAUUUCAUAUUUUAAACCAAAGAUAAAGGCAUUAGUCCGACAAUUUGCCAUCUUAAGUGCAGAACAAACCUUAGCCGAGUGUUUAGCCCUCAAAUAAUCAAGACUAGGAUGUGGCACCAAUAAUUGAUCAUGAGGAAGAAGAGGAAAAGUCCUCACUUAUAGAUUAUGAGAAUUAUAUAAGAGAUCCAAGAGUAGUAAAUAAUCUUAAGUAAAACUAGAACAGUUUGGUUUCUUAUCAAUCUAAUACUAUGGAAUGCAAAAAUGUAGUUAGCAGUUAGUAACGAAUGGCAUAGCUUGAAGAAGACUAGAUGAGAGUUGAAUGCCAAAUAUGUAAGGUACUUGUAUUAUUAAGUGACUUGGACUAGCAUGAGACAGCUUGUCAGACUAAAAAUGAUGAAAAUCUUGCCUCUUAACUAAGUUAGAGGAGAUUCAAAGGCGGGAUUAACAGCAGAUAUAGCAAUAUUAAUGAUAGAACAAAUUAAUGUGAAUAAAACUCUCUCUCUUAUGACAGUGAUGAUAUUCAAAGUAGAAUGCAUAAUCUAUUCAGCAGGGAAGAUGGAGAUUUACUAAUUCAAAACUUAUAGAGACAGAACAAUAACUAAGAAGGGCGUCAAUAUAAUCCAACAGCAAACAAUAGUAUGAUCAAUAAUAGGUACCAUUAAGAGGAUGUGCGCGAUAGCAACAAUAAUAAUCAUCAAGCAGAGUUAGAUGAAAAUGAUAGAUAUAGUAGAGAUAAUGAAGAUAGUAUAACUAAUCAAAGUCUACACAAAAAUCAGAAUGGUUUAACUGGAAUUAACAAUUUAGCAAAUCAAGAUACAAUCAGAUUUAAACUCCUUCCUGAUUCGAAUAGAUAAAAACAUGAUGAGAAUAGUAAUUACCGGUAGGAGAGCGAGAGAUAGUAAUAGUAAUCAUCAAACAACACAGUUCAAAAUUAGUAAAUGCAGCCUACUUCACUAAUUGCUAGAUAAUUUGAUAAAAGCACAAGACCUAAUCAGCCAUUGAACAAUCCGUCAGCUGUUCCAUCAACAACAAAUCUAGAAGACAAAAGAGAUUCUGAUGCUUAGAAUCUAGAUCUCAAUAGAUAUAACAUCCAUAUGAAAAAUGAUCUUGAUGAUAAUCAGCAAAACUCAGAGUAUUACAAUCACUAUGACUUAUCAGAGGAUGAUGAAAUUGAUAACAACAAUAAAUUCUCGUAUAAUGUUGGGUGCUACGAGGACCUUUCGAAUGAUGAAGAUGAGAAUGAAAAUGAUUUCGAAGAAGGAAAGAUAGAUCUGAGAAAAUCUGAUAGCUCUUGUGAGAUCCUGAUGAAGAUCUAAUCAAACUAUAGAACUAAAAAUUAGGAAAAGGAAUACAAAUCGUUGCAGUCUAAUAAGGAUACUGGCCAUUUGCAUAGGUAUUAGUCCUAGCUAGGUCCUGAUUAAGAAGAAGCCUUCGUUGAAGAAAAUGAAGAAGCUGAUGACGGCUCAUGCCAUUAUAUUGGUCAAGAAGAAAAUAUAAAUGGCUUUGACAAGAUUACAAAUGAAAAUCGACUAAUGGACAAAGACACUUCAAAACUUUCAAUUUCAGGCUAUAUGGCUCGAUGGAACAGACGCUAAAGUAACUUGCUACUCGAUGAAGAUAGAUCUUAUAUAGACAUUGGUGAGUAAAACUCUUAAUAGAAUGAUACAGUCAAUAGUGAUGGAGAAGAGAUAAAACCCUCCAUACUUCCCAGUGGUAGAUAUACCUUUUAGGAGAACAAUAAUAAUAUGCUAUCAAGAAUAAAUGGACUCAGAGGACUAAGUUAAAAUGCUAUAGAUAUCUUUGAUAACGGCAUGAGAUACAGUGCAGGCGGCUUUAGAGGCAUAAGAGAGCUCUAACAAGAAAAAAGAUCUAGGCAUGACAGUCCUCUUAUAUUCGAGGGCAUGUUUCGAGAUGAUCCAUCUUUAGGGAACCUUGAUGAAGACAUCAGAGAAUUAGACCAAGCAAUGAUGAAGCUAAGUUCUGAGCAUCAGCUAGACGAAUUGACGGGUAGGCUAGAUAUGAGAAUGCAUAACUUGUAAAAUGCUAGUGACGAUGAGUUAGAUGAUAACAAUGAAGCUAGAAUCAGAGAUAAUAGAUUUGAUCAACCGUCAGAAAUCCGUAUCAAUUUUAUUAAUAAUAAUACAGAAGAUGAAGAACAAGAGAACUCAUUCGACAUUGGUAUUAGCAGGAUUAACAACAUCAGAGCAGAUGCUAGAGAUAGAAGGUUUUAACAGCCAUUAGCUACUGAAGAAGCUAAAAUAGGUUUUGGGAUGAAUGGUGUCUUUGGAGAUGAGCUGGACAUGCUCAACUAUGAGAGAAGAAACUGGUAGUUUUUGUAGAAUAGCAGACUGAAUAACAAUGUCAAUUUAAACAACAAUGUCUUGAACAAUAGAGGCUCUAAUGCAAGAGGACCCAGAUUGUUUUAAAAUAUGGUUAGAGGCAACAGAUUCUUAGACACUGACGAAAAUUUCCCAUAAUCUGUAGAUUAAAACGAUAGAGCUCUCAACUUUGAUAGAGUAAGAGAGUUAAUAAGUAGAGCAAGGCAAUAAGAGAGGGGUCAUAUUAUGUUGAUGGAAAGAAGAAACAAUCAUUUAUUUGGGGACUCUUCAGACAAUAUUGGCAGUGAGGACCCAGACAGUGAAGAACACUUUGACGACUAUGAAGCACUCAUUAACUUAGAUGAAGAUGUUGUCCAAAGUGUCCCAGAUAGACUAGUAGGAAUGUUGCCGAUUUCUAAAUUCACUCAAAAUAAUCUGUAAAACUUUUCAGAGGAAAAUAAGUCUUGCACUAUCUGUAUGAGUUCAUAUGAGCUAUAAGAAGAGUACAUGAUACUUCCAUGCUUGCAUAGAUUCCAUUCAGAGUGUAUCAAAGAAUGGUUCUAGAGAAGAAACACUUGUCCAAACUGCAAGGAUAGAGUCUGUGAGCAUUUCUAAGAGGAACUCUAGAGUAUGCGCUAGCCAAGAUAAAGUCAGAUUAUGAAUAUGAUGAGUCAAUAGCCAAGCAUCAGUGGCUUACAGAGAGUAAGUACAAUCUUAAGAAAUCGGGAUAGCUUUGAAUACGACCUAUAUGCAAGUGAGACUGAAAAUAGAGCAGAGUUGAAUGAGGAUAAUUUAAGAUCGCUUGCGAGACAUUAAAUGGAAAAUACUGGAAUAGAAAUGCCCAGAAGGUAAUCUGUAUUACGAAGAUAAAACCUCUACUUCAGACCUUAAUUCCCUCUUGAGUAUAACCCUCCAGAGUACAGUCAUAAUAUGUUUCAAGCAAACCUGGAGAGUAACGCUCAAAACACAAGCAAUCUAAAUAUCAACAGAAAUGAUACCUAUGUACUAACUGAGUCUCAACAUGAGAUGAAUGAUACAGGGAUGAACAACAAUUUAAUCAGAUAGUUAAGGCUUCAAAGAUUCGGUUUUCACUAGAAUCUCUUCAAUCAGGCCUAAUAAAACAGCAACAAUAAUAUGAUGUCAAACUAUCAGGUAACUGAAUCAGAUGAUCCUGAUAGUAACAGCUUCAAAACCGAUCAAAGUGCUUGA